GUGUCCAUUUAAUUGCUUGAAUAAUUAUUUUAAACUAUUUUGUUAUAGUGUCUGCAUCUAAAUAUGAAUAGAAUAAGCUCUCGAUUAAUUUGUCAAGCAAAAUUUCGAAGAAAUUUACAUUACUGACGACCAGUAACAUCACAACAGUGACAUGUGUUGUCCUUAAUCUAAAUAUAUCCGUGCGUUUUACAGCUGAUUCCUAGCAAGAAAGAUAUAAAUUUCGCAAAUGAAUUAAAAGUCAUCUCGACAGGUCAAUCGAAAAUCGUCAAAAUGUUCACACGAGCGUCCGCUAUAGUUUAUCGACGAGCUCUUUUAAAAACAAACAUAAUAUCACAGGAAGUGAUUAUGUGUAGACGUAUUCAUCUAGACUCUCAAAUAAAAAGAACUCCCAGAAGCAAUGCCUUGCUUAAUCUACAGAAAAACUGCAGGAUUACAGGAAUCCCUUUGGUUCGUUACGCCAGUACCAAUGAAACACCAACAAAAAGUCCAUAUGAUGAAAUUCCAGAUCCACCAACACCAAUAGAGGAUAUAGUGGAAAAUAUUGUGAAAGUGCAUGCAAAUGGUGAGCCAACUCUGGAAAGCAUAGGACUGGGUAAUUUUACUCCAGUCGGAUUUGUACAGAAAUUUCUGGAAUAUAUGCACAUAGGUUUUGAUAUUCCAUGGUGGGGAACAAUUGUCAUAGGCACUGUUUGUAUAAGGAUUCUUAUAUUUCCUCUGGUGAUAAAGGCACAGAAGAAUGCGAUCAAAUUCAGUAAUCACAUGCCAGUGAUAACUCAAAUGCAGAUGAAAAUGACAGAAGCCAGACAAUGUGGCGAUCAUAUUGAAAGUGCACGGGCUGCACAUGAGUUAGUGCAAUAUAUGAAAAAGACCAACGUCAGUGUGCUGAGAAAUUUCAUGGUACCAUUAAUCCAGGCACCAAUAUUCCUCUCUGUCUUCCUAGCCUUGAGGGGAAUGGCAAAUGCACCUGUAGAAAGCCUGAAACACGGUGGCUUUUGGUGGAUGCAAGAUCUCACUCUACAUGAUCCUUAUUACGUAAUGCCGAUAGUUACUUGCGUAACAUUGUUUGUCACAAUUGAGCUAGGUGUGGAUGGCACUGAUAUCAAGACUAUGGGUAUGUUUCGAUAUAUCCUACGAGCUGUGCCCUUCGUCAUAUUGCCGUUCAUGAUAAAUUUCCCUGGUGCUAUUUUAACAUAUUGGGUAUCGACAAAUUUCAUUUCUCUAGCACAAACUGGUUUGUUAAAAAUACCAUCUGUAAGAAAAGCUCUCGAUAUGCCUGUUAGAAUAAAACACGCUACCCAACCGAAGAGUAACAGAAAGUUCGUUGAAGAUUUCAAGGAAUCUUGGACUAAUAUGAAAAUAUCUAAACAAUUAGCUGCUAGGGAAAAAGCAGAUGCAAUACAGUUUAGUGCAGCUGGUAAAGGAGCCAUAGUUAAAACAUUUAAAUAUGAUCCAACAAAACAAAAAGGACAGUCGACUAUCCUCACGAAAAAUAGAUAAUUACAAUUAUAAUUAAUGUGUAUUUGAUUACACAAUACACAACAUAAUAAAUCAAUCAAUAAUUGUAGUUAUAAUAAAGAGAAUCGUAUUUAAUAUAAAAA